GUAAUGAUUUCAUUCGAUGCCAAGAUGAGUCAACGAGGAAGAUCUCACAAGACCAGAUCGUUGAUGCACUUCGUUCCGGUGAGAGGCAUGGAGCGUCUGCCCUGCUUUCAAAGCUAACACAUGGAAAUAAUUCACUUAGUGCCGAUGAUUUUCAUGGCAUUUUAAAGUAUUGUGCCCGAUCACCUGAUCCUGUGUUUGUCAUGGAGACUUACAGUGCAAUGUGUAAGAGAGAGAUCAGUCUUGACAGUACAUCUUUGUUGUUCAUAGUACAAGCUCUUUGUAACGGGGGACACUUGGAUAAGGCGUCAGAGUUUAUUCAGGCACUUGGGGAAAAUGAUAGCAUCUCUCCUCUUUUGCCUGUAUAUAACUAUUUUCUUGGAGCAUGUGUAAAAACGAGAAAUGGGAACUACGCUAGUAGAUGUUUGGAGUUGAUGGAUCAACGGAGAGUAGGGAAGAAUGAGAUAACAUAUGCAGCACUUCUCAAGCUUGCAGUUCUUCAGCGCAAUCUAGCGUCUGUUAAUGAGAUAUUGAAACACUAUGUGGACCACUAUAGUCUGAGUAUACUCUCGCUCAGGAAGUUCAUAUGGUCCUUCACAAGGUUGGGUGAUUUGAAAUCAGCGUACGAGUUAUUGCAACAUAUGGUGGCUCUAGCUUCAAGAGGAGAGCUCUUUGUUAAAUUCAAAAGUGGUAAACUGCAUUCCACCAGACUAGAUAUUCCUAUACCAUCAUCAAGUGGUCAGAUGGAUUUAGAGAAAGUCGCUUUUGGAGGAGUAAAUGAUCACACGGUUUCGCUAAUGGUGGAUCCUCUGGAGUGCAAGUCGUCUGAUCAACAGAGCAAUAGCAUUGAGUCUUCUAAAGUGGCUUUGCCGAAAGGUCACAAUAACAACAUCCCUGCAACUAGGAUCCUCAGGUGGUCGUUCAAUGAUGUGAUUCAUGCAUGUGGACAAUCUAAAAACUCUGAGCUAGCGGAGCAGCUAAUGCUUCAGAUGCAAAAUCUUGGAUUGGUACCAUCAAGCCAUACAUAUGAUGGUUUCAUCAGAGCAGUUGCGUUUCCAGGAGCAUACGAAUAUGGCAUGACACUGUUGAAAGUAAUGCAGCAGCAGAAUCUAAAACCAUAUAACUCAACUCUCGCUACGGUUUCAGCAUAUUGCAGUAAGGCUUUUCAAGUUGAUUUAGCUGAACAUCUGCUGGAUCAAGUAUCUGAGUGCUCGUAUGCAUAUCCUUUCAAUAACCUUCUUGCUGCGUGUGACUCCUUGGAUCAACCAGAGCGUGCUGUCCGAGUAUUGGCCAGAAUGAAACAGCUAAAUCUGCGUCCUGACAUGAGGACCUAUGAACUGCUAUUUUCGUUAUUUGGUAAUGUGAAUGCACCAUAUGAAGAGGGCAACAUGCUGUCCCAAGUGGACUGUUGUAAAAGGAUAAACGCUAUAGAAAUGGACAUGGUGAGAAAUGGUCUUCAGCACAGUCCUAUCUCAACGAGGAAUGUGCUGAGAGCGCUCGGAGCUGAAGGUAUGGUGAAUGAGAUGAUCAGGCACCUGCAAAGAGCUGAGAAUAUGUAUCUAGAAACGGCUACAUACAACAUAGUGCUUCAGUCACUUCUUGAGGCAAAUGAAACUAACAUGGUGAUCAAAAUAUUCAAAAGGAUGAAAGCAUGUGGAUACCCUGCAGACGCUGCUACAUACAAUAUAAUGAUUGAUUGUUGCAGCCUUAUCCACUCUUAUAAAUCAGCUUGUGCCUUAGUUUCCCUGAUGAUCCGUGAUGGGUUUUCCCCAAAAGCGGUCACGUUUACUGCUCUAAUGAAGAUUUUGUUGAACGAUGAGAAUUUCGAGGAGGCACUCAAUCUCAUGGACCAAGCUGCAUCAGAAGGGAUACAUCUCGAUGUCUUAUCAUACAACACCAUUUUGCGGAAAGCGUUUGAGAAGGGAAUGAUUGAUGUGAUUGAGUACAUAGUGGAGCAAAUGCACAGAGAGAAAGUGAAUCCAGAUCCAUCAACAUGCCAUUUUGUCUUCAACUGUUAUGUGGAAAAAGGGUAUCACACAACAGCGAUAGAAGCGUUGAAUGUACUGAGCCUAAGAAUGCUCAACGGAGAAGUCAAAGAGAGUCUUCAGGAGAAGAAAACAGAGCUUGAGGAAAAGUUCGUCACGAGUGAAGACCCUGAAGCUGAAACAAAGAUAAUUGAGCUGUUUAGAGACUCACAGGAGCAUCUUGCAGCUGCACUUCUGAAUCUAAGAUGGUGCUCGAUGCUGGGGGUUAGGGUUAUUUGGUCUGAAGACCAAAGUCCAUGGGCAAAAGGACUAUCCAGCAAGUAUGGUUAGGUUAGUAGGGUGGCUUUUCGUCUCUACCUCUGUUGAUUCUCUGCACAUUUAUACAGAAGCUGCUCUGUUCUGGUUUUGCCGUUUCAUGUACACAACGAACUGGUGAGUCUAGCCGGUUCAUUGCGACAGUUCGAUGACAUGGGUCUGCACGAUGAUUAGAGUCAUUUUUAGGCGUUUGCAAAUACAAACCCACCUAACAACUAAGGUGGUCUGAGUUUUUUUUUUUAUGCCAACGUCUAUUUUCUAUAAAAACGUUUUAUUGGAAAAGCAAAUCCGUGAUAAUCGAUUUAAAAUUUGGGAAUUUGUCUAAAUGAAAGAGCUGUGAACACCUAUUCCUUUUUAUUUAAUUCAUUUGAGAAUAUCUCCUACGAAAUUUGCUA